CUUCUCAGAAGCAGUCUGACUGUUCUAGACAUGACAGAGAGGCUACCUGACCCAACCACUGUACUACGUUACAACUGAAAUAUUGAUGCUCUUUGUGAUAAUUUCCUGAAUCAUGAAUCUAUAUGAAACAAAGCUGAUAUUAAUAUCAUCAGUCACUGAUUUCCCGUUUCUGGAGCUAAACAUAAAAUGGAGGGACAAUUUUCACAUCCUGAUAGCAGUCAACAACCACCUUGGCACCAUGGAGCAAAUGUGUCUGUUCAAAAGAAGUUCCCUCCUAGUGUAUAGAUGGUAUGGGUUUUCCAGAGGGCAGGAGCACACCAUUCAGGGGUAUGGUCUGCAAGUUUCCCCCGAACAAGCCGGUUCCCCCCAGGUGUCUUCCUACUCGGUGGAGGCAACCGAUAAUGUUGUCAUUUCUCCUGCUUCAAAUCCACAAGAGAGAAUAAAGACCAUGGACCUGAGAGGGAAAAUUCACCAGUUUACACCGGGAAAAAUGAUAAACAUGUUAGGUGCACAGGACGUCUUAGAGAUGGAGGUGGUACACAAGGCACCACUGGACUACAGCCUCAAGCCUACAGGACCUUCUGACAGCAAGGCAGGUCUGUGUGUUGUGUUCUGUGAGAGAAGUCAGAAGGAGUACGUUGUGAUGUCGUCUGCCCCGGUCAGCGCUGGCAUCCCACUCCUGCCUGUCUGUCGGUCCAGGACCAACUACAAGGUCAAGGUCGUGGGACUCAAACUUUACAAGAAGUAUACAUUUGGACAACAAUCUCCAGUGUGCUAUCAGUACGAAGCAUGCAGAAAGUCAAGUGUGAUCUCAAUCAAGACAUGCAUGUCCAAAGAGGAACUACAACAGCUGAAAACCAUGGCAGUCACUUACUGUCACAGCAAGUCUCGGAACCCUGGGAAAUACACCAUCAAACAGUUCUACCGCAGUAAGCCUGAGCGAUACUACACACACAUCAUGUCCAACAAAGGUGGAGUGAUGGAGAAGUACAUCAAGGACAACAAUGGCGACCCAUAUUCUGCGAUCAACAAGAAGAUUAAUGGACUCUUCUUCAGUGGGUCACUGGAUACCCGUACACGGAAGCCACCAGACUUCUCGUACUUUGGAGACAAACGACUUUUCAUCCCUGCAGAGGAACUGUUUACAUGGGACACCAGGAUGUAUUUUGCAGACUUUUACUGUCUCUAUGAAACACACUACGUCACAGUUGUGGUCACAAAGACGGGAUCAGCUGAAGACAGAUUCUGUGAGGGAAGACUUCUUGAACUGGACUUGAAGGAUAAUCCUUUUUUCACCAUCAAACAAGGCACUGGAUCGGCAGCAAACAACCCAGGCUAUGGUCAGCUUUCAGGGUUAUCCAGCACUUUCGGGUCUCUGUCGAUGUCCCAGGGAUACUCGCAUCAUGCUUCACCCUACAGUCUACCAUCCCGCCAGAAUGCUGUCCAGAAGACGUUCACGAUGGUGUCUGUCCACAAGUUUCAUGUGGAGUUUUUGUACACCGAGGAUGUCGACAUCAGGGGCUUGGAAAGGAGAUGUGGCGAGGGCAGAGUUUACUUCAAAUCUGUCCAGGGUUUAGGGGAAAGCAAGAAGGAUGGAAUUCCAAAGAAUACUAACUGCCCAGUAUGCAACCUUGGUGCCAAGGCUUAAGGAACAGAUGGACAAAGUUAACUUCAUAUUUGUGAAGGACAAGAAGGACGGAAUUCCAAAGAAUACUAACUGCCCACUAUGCAACCUUGGUGCCAAGGCUUAAGGAACAGAUGGACAAAGUUAACUUCAUAUUUGUGAAGGACAAGAAGGACGGAAUUCCAAAGAAUACUAACUGCCCACUAUGCAACCUUGGCGCCAAGGCUUAAGGAACAGAUGGACAAAGUUAACUUCAUAUUUGUGAAGGACAAGAAGGACGGAAUUCCAAAGAAUACUAACUGCCCACCAUGCAACCUUGGCACCAAGGCUUAAGGAACAGAUGGACAAAGUUAACUUCAUAUUUGUGAAGGAUUUGUGGAAUUCCAAAGAAACAGUUCUGCCACCUCAAACCAUGAUCUGCCCACUUUGAAUUGAAUUGAGGGGUAACAAAAACAUCUUGAUUAUUUUUAAGUGUUUUGAUGAAGUGACAUACAUUCGGCAAAUACUACAGUGAACCUAUAGCCUAUACAGUGCCAGAGCUAUGAGAGACCUGACAUUCACAGAGGCAAAGAAAGAGCCCCAAUACUUGACAUAUUGGGUUGUCAAGGUAACAGAAAGAAAAACUAUAUGAAGAUACAACUAUUCUUUUGUGAUUGCAGAUUUGAAAGGAAAAAGCUCAGCCAGUAGGUGAUAAGACCUAACCUGGCAUAGUGAGAGCAGCAGAUAAUUACUGAACCAAGAUUUGUGCUGGCGCUUAAGCGUAAUCCUUAAAGCCCCACUCUGACUAUAAAUUGCCCGCAAGGUGGCGGAGGUUCAGUUUCGAACAAUGUAUCAUGAUAUAACAUUUAUACUAAGUUUUCCUAUAAUAAUUAGAUCCACAUCAAGUGCUUUUCAUCAAAUAGGUGAAUCCAUGCAAACAUCUCCAACUAUGUGAAUAUGAUUAAAUGCAGACAAUACUCAUGUUGGUCAAAUAUACAAAAGAAACGCCAAAGUAUCUGUGUUCAUGUUUAACUGUGUUCAUAUUCUGUCUAUUUAUCAAAUGAUAUUCUCAGAAGCACUAACCUGCAAUUGUAAACAUUUUCAUCCUUGUAGAUUAUUGAUCAUGUUGAUACUCAAUCAGGCUUAAAAUGGAUCCCAUUUGGCUUGCUAAGUUUCAUCAAAUUCAAAAUUUCCAAAUAUAAUUCCGCCAGGCAAAUUGUGAAUUUUGACACAAGUUAUGGUGAAAUGUCUCUGAAGUUUCAUUCUCUGUAGAUGAAGUUUGAACGAAACAUUUUAGAUGCGUGUUUCCUUUUGACGAUAAUACGCAAAAACAUAGAACUAAGCUUUGUUGUCGGCCAUGAUUUAGGAACUAGAUUCAGCUUGCACCUGGUGCAUGUUGACACCAGACGAAAAAUUAACUUUAGUAGUAUAUUAUUAGGAAAAAAAAAUCUGAUCCCAGAUGAUGUCAUUAACAUUGUGAAAUGUUCAGUUCACUGGCAAGAUCACUUUGAACGGCAUCACUUAAACAUCCCAUAAUUUCUCUUGCUUUCUUGUCAUUAUCAUAAGACUGACCUGGUAGGGUUUAUGACGUCAAGCCAAAAGGACAAUGUGGUAUUACACAUGACACUGAGAAUUGUAAUGA